AUGAAUGAGCUUUACGCUACUCAUGCCACUGCUUGUCGUGACGCCACACAUGCCACUGCUUAUCAUGAUGCCACACAUGCCACUGCUUCUGGUGACGCCACACAAGCCACUGCUGCUCGUGACGCCUCAUAUGCCACUACUUCUGGUGACGCCACAUAUGCCACUGCUGCUCGUGACGCCACAUAUGCCACUACUUCUGGUGACGCCACAUAUGCCACUGCUGCUGGUGACGCCACACAAGCCACUGCUUCUGGUGAUGCCACACAAGCCACUGCUGCUGGUGACGCCACACAAGCCACUGCUUCUGGUGACGCCACAUAUGCCACUGCUUCUGGUGACGCUACAUAUGCCACUGCUGCUCGUGACGCCACACAAGCCACUGCUUCUGGUGACGCCACACAAGCCACUGCUUCUGGUGACGCCACACAAGCCACUGCUUCUGGUGACGCCACACAUGCCACUGCUUCUGGUGACGCCACAUAUGCCACUGCUGCUCGUGACGCCACACAAGCCACUGCUUCUGGUGACGCCACACAAGCCACUGCUUCUGGUGACGCCACAUAUGCCACUGCUGCUUGUGACGCCACACAAGCCACUGCUGCUGGUGACGCCACACAUGCCACUGCUUCUGGUGGCGCCACACAAGCCACUACUUCUGGUGACGCCUCAUAUGCCACUGCUUCUGGUGACGCCACACAUGCCACUACUUAUCGUGACGCUGCACAUGCCACUGCUGCUGGUGACGCCACAUAUGCCACUGCUGCUGGUGACGCCACAUAUGCCACUGCUGCUGGUGACGCCACACAUGCCACUGCUUCUGGUGACGCCACAUAUGCCACAGCUUCUCAUAUUGGAACCCAGGAAAGUUCUCCAUUUUCCGAAAAAAAACGAGAGAAAAACGAUUGA